CGGACCUGCUGCCUUCCCCCCCUCUGGCUCGGUUUGCGGAGUCCCUGCCGGCAGAGGGUGAGUGACGGGGGGGGUCAAACUGCCACUCCACCCUCCUUGGCUUCCUCCCUCCCCUCCACCCCAGAAGCAGCAGCAUGUGGCUUUUGGAGAGGAUCCGGGGCUCGGUGGAGAAUGGGGUUGCCCGGGCCGGCGACUCGGGGGAUAAGCAGUCCAAGGGCCCCCUGUACAGCAACGUGCUGACCCCCGAUAAGAUCCCGGAUUUCUUCAUCCCGCCCAAGCUCACCACGGUGCCGGCCGAGGCCGAGGGGGCGGAGGGGAAAGCCAAGCCCAACCUUGGCACCUCGGCCUCGGAGCAGAACCUGUCGGCCCGCAAGCCCCCGCGCAGCCCCCGCCUGCCGGUCAAGGCUGCCUCGGAGAGCAAGAACCUGCUGAAGGCCGCCAGCCGGCACAUCAUCCAGAUCGAGAGCGCCGACGAAUGGGCCUCAGAGGAGGACUUCAGCACCAACGCCGACCCCCAGGCCCAGACGGCCAUGUCCCUCCCCUAUGUGCCCAAGGCCCAGACCUCCUACGGCUUUGCCACCCUCAUGGAGAGCCCCCAUACCCGGCGCAAGGAGUCCCUCUUCCACAGCGAGCACGGCAGCCUGUGCCAGUCGCAGGCGACCUCGCCCAGCUCCCAGCGCAAGGCGGGGGCCGGCGGGGGCAAGGUGAACGGGGAGAGCGCCCGCCUGACCCCCUCCGACAUCGGCAUGUCCCUCAUGAACCCCUACCGCUACUUCAGCGGGGGGGAGAGCGACACCUGCUCAUCGGCCGAGUCCUCGCCCUUCAGCUCGCCACUGCUCUCCCGCUCCGUCUCCCUGCUCAAAAUCUUCAGCCAGGACAGCCAGGCGAAGGUCAUCAAACUCAAGCACUCGGUGGCCCGGAACAGCUCCCUCUCCACCGACGACAGCUCGGCCGACACCAGCCCCAGCUCGCAGCGGCGCAUGCGGUGUGCCACGCCCCCGGCGGGGGCGGCGGGGGGCGCCCCGGCCCAGUCCCUCCUGCCUUUGGACUCGCCGGACCGCCUGCACAAGGAGCACACCAUCCGGCUGAGCAAAGGCGGCAGCAUGCGGCUCACGGCCGAGUACGACGCCGCCAACGCCCGGCUGCGGGUGCGGGUCAUCGCGGCCGAGGAGCUGUUCGACAAGCUGUGCGACGCCCGCUCCAUCAACUGCUGCGUCUCCCUCUGCCUCAACCCGGGCAAGGUGCAGAAGCAGCGCAGCACCAUCAUCAAGAACAGCCGCAACCCCGUCUUCAACGAGGACUUCUUCUUCGACUGCCUGGGCGCCGGCAACGUCAAGAAGAUGGCCCUCAAGGUCAAGGUGGUCAACAAGGGCAGCAGCUUGAAGCGGGACACGCUGCUGGGCGAGAGGGAGCUCCCGCUCACCUCUCUGCUGCCCUUCUUAUAAGCCCGUCUUCCACCUCCCUGCCGCUCUCCUGCCCUGCUGGGAGGGGAUGGGCAGGGAGACGGUGGGGAGGAGGGAUCAGGCCACCAUGAGGGAUGAGGGGCGUGGGAUGCUCCCCCGGGGUAACGGCAUGUCCAUUCCAGGCUGUGUGUGUGUGCGUGUGUGUAGGGGGGGACAAGACUCAUCCGACUCCCCCAGGAUGGGUCUCCUUUGCUGAUCAUUCUCUGCAUGGACGUGCCUAGAGGCGGUGGCUGCCGUGUGUCCCCUCGGGAGGCCGUGAGUGGCUAGCCAGUUGUAUGCUCUUCUCUAGAGAAGUGGUGGGGAUGAGGCAUGCUGGUGGCCUACGUUCUCCGGGGCCCUGCUGGAAGGCGGGUUAUCCCUGUGCGGCUUGAGGACGGCCUCGCACGAAUGAGGCGGUAGUAGGGAUUUCAGCCUCACAGCUCUGCAACCCCUUCUCCCCCCACCCCCCCACCCCGCUUGCUUUCCUGGGAGCACUUGCCAGUCGGUUUCUCAUCCCCACGCUGGGUCCCAAGACCCGGCUGCCUUUGAGUGAGGUGUGGAAGGCCCUCGCAGACCGUUCCUGCAGGCUUGAUGUGGGGAGUGCGGGUCAGUCCGGCUGAUGCAGUGCGGCACAAAGACACCCCCCCCGCCCUACCAACAGGGGCAGGGGUGGAAGUGGCAGGGACAGCUGAUGGAGUGUAGAGCUGGGAGAACGAUGCUGCAAGGCUGAAUUCCUGCCGUGGCGGGACGGUUUCUGAGGCGCGGCCUAGUCAGUAAUGGGGAGAAGGGAUGCUCUAGGGAACAACCCAGUGCUGUCUGGUGGGGAGGGAAAAGAUGACCCCGCCAGCCUCUUCCAUCUCUAAUUUCUCUCCUCCUCGGCUGGCUGAUGGGCAGAGAGAGGGCAGGGGUUGUUGGACAGGGCUCUGCCAAGUCUCACAACAUUGAUAUGUCUCUUAAAGCUCCAGCUUCUGGAGUCUGGGGAUUGCAACAGAAUUUCCGCUUGCUUUUAAAGACCUUUCUAGCCCUCUUGGUUGUAGAGUAAAGCUUGAAGCCGUGACUCUAGCAGCUCAGAAGACAAAUAAAAUGAGCUUCAAAUUU